AUGCCGGUUGGAAUUUUCAACUCGACAUAUUACAGUAAAGACUCCCGUGCCGGCGCUGCUCUUCUUCGUGCCCGCCGGCCGUAUCUUUUCAAGAAUGCUGCGACUGGCUUAGGCCUUUGUAUCUUUACCAUCGGAGUUUAUGCAUACACCAUUCGCGCCGUUGGUCAAGAUGAGUUCUCCGAUGUUCAGGUCCCUGAUGCCCCAGCUGCCGCAUCUCAACAAUCCAAGCAAUGA